AUGAAUGCAACAUCCUUCGCCAUGGCUGCUUCAGAGUCCCGUCCCUUCGCUGCAGCCCCCUCCUUCCCCUCCAAGCCUCCCCGCCUCCCCUUCACUGCCUGCGACCAGUGCCGCCGAUGCAAGACCCGCUGUGACGAUCAAGCCCCCUGCUCUCGCUGCAUCCGCUCUGGAAGGGGCGCAGCCUGCUCCCGCCUGGCGGAGGAUGACAUGCUGGAGAUCCCGCAGUACCUGGCCGAGUACCGGCUGAGCCGUAGGGCGACCAAGGCUUGUCUGAGCUGCCAGCUCAAGAAGGUCCGCUGCGGUGACUCUCGGCCCUGCGCUCGGUGCUACCGGAUGGGGCUGACGUGCGACGACGAGCCGGGGCUGGGGCAGGAGGCGCUGCCUCUGAUGCUGCAGCGGAAGCGAGAGCAAGUCGUGCAGGCAUGCGAGCGAUGCCGGAGGUCGCGGCUCAAGUGCGACUCGACUUACAAGAUGAAUGAGGGGAAGGAUGUGAUGUUCGUAGCCCGUGCAGGAGAAGUUAGCGAGCUUUCUUUUCUGCAGCACACUGUGCUAGUUGGAAUAGCGUAG